GCCAUGUGUAAAAGCUAUUGGUAAAAUGUUCCAUCCUGAGCACUUCAUUUGCGCUCAAUGUGGCAAGCAGAUAGCCAACGAGAGUUUCCACCUUGACAGUGGCAAGCCGUAUUGUGCUCAAGACUAUAAAGAACUGUUCUGUGUCAAAUGCUGUUCAUGUAAGCAAGUCAUUGGUGGCGGAGACCGCUGGCUUGAAGCACUGGAUAAACCAUGGCAUGCUGAUUGCUUUAGAUGUGCGGUAAGGUUUUGUCUUUACUUUGUUUUGUUUACUGGGUUUUUAGCGUGUUUCUCUGCGUCUGUUUGUUUGUUUGUUUGUGUGUUUAGUCGUUUGUUUGCCUGUUUGUUAUUUGUCGGAUUGGUUUUGUUGUGUCUGACUGGCUUUUCUUCAUUUCAUCGUAUCACUUUUGUCCAUAUUAUCUCAGUCUAACUUCCAUCACUUUCUUUGUAAUGUCUACCACUCCACAUGUUCCGAUUUCUUCAAGAUUUCGUCUCUGGCCAAGAGCCUUCUUAUCUCUACUUUUUACUUGUCCUUGCUUCCCUCAUUUUAUCUGUUAUGUAUACAUUGUAUGAUCUCUUCAUUCUUGAUCUUUUUGACCGACAUUUCAUGUCUCUAACCGGUCCUCUUUGAUCUCUUCUUAUUACGUCUCCAUAGCAGCUCAGCCUUGCUCUUUCACCUUUCUGCAAUGUCUAUCGCCCCACAUCUUUUGAUCUCUCUAUUCCAUAUUGGAUGUCCAUAUAUAGCAUCUCAGCCCUGUCUCCCUCGCCUUCUCGGCAAUGUCUACGACUACUUCGCAAAAUAUAAGAUGAAACACACUUCGAAUAUUAAUGUCUAUCUAUAUAAUGACUCGAGCUAUUUAAUCUAAACGAGAUAACAAAAUUCAAGGUAAUUCAAGUCGAAAUAUUGCCUUGAAUUUUGUAUCGUGUUUACAUAGCUUGUUUAGAUCGAGGGGCAUUUCACUCCAAAAAAGCGUACGGGAUUUUCGGAUUUUUAAAAAUCCGCGGAUUAUUUAGCGGAUUUUUCCCGGAUUUUUUAGCGGAUUUUUGAAGAGAAAAUUUGCUGGAUUUUCCGGAUUUGUUCGGAUUUUCCGGAUUUGUUCGGAUUUUUUCUGGAUUUUUGAAAAUCUGUUGGAUUUUCCGGAUUUGUUUGGAUUUUCCGGAUUUGUUCGGAUUUUUUCUGGAUUUUUUUUAAUUAUAGAGUUAUAGAGCUAGGUAACGUUUUGAACAAAUAAUCUUAAGUUGUACGAUGUCAACGUUAUGCCAGGACACAGAAUAGGAAGUUAUACCAGAAGCGUAACUCGAGCAAAUAUUUGUCCGCGUUUUUACAAGCGAUUCGUCAUCAAUCACGCCAUCCUGGCUAGUACAACCGGCACUUUGUACCUACCAAAUCCUGAUAAAAACUUCCGGCUGUACUAGCCAGGAUGGCGUGGCCUGACGUGAGCGAGUUAAAAUUUUCGUGGACGUCAAACAAUAAGGGAAACGACUAGAGUUACGCUUCUGGUAUAACUUCCUAUUCUGUGGCCAGGACGUCAGGGUCGAGCAGAGGACUGGGACUAGGACCACAGCCUUCUGAAACUAUUAACGAAGGCUGGGCAUGCAGUCAUUUUGUUUAAAAUUCAAACAAGUUCAUUAUUCUUUCAAAAGCAGUAAAAGACAAUGGUGAAUAACUUUUGGUUUUGUAAUUAUAUUUUACAACAUAACGUCAUUGUAACAAGAACACAUAUUUAGUAGUAAUAGGCUAAAAAAACUUAGCGUAUACUCGAGCGUAUAAAUGGAAAUGUAGAGUGGUCCAAUAAUUACGAAAUAUAAUGACAGCCGAGCGAUCACGGUAAGCGUUUAGCUUUCGCUGUCCGCCAUUUUGAACGUGGCAAAGAACCUUUACGAGUAAAUUACACCAAGUACUUCAUAUAUUUUUUUGUGGAUUUGCGGAUUUUUUAAGGAUUUUUAAGGAUUUCUGUGGAUUUUUGAAGGAUUUCUGUGGUUUUUAAAGGAUUUUUUGGAUUUUGAUGGAUUCAACGGAUUUUGAGGAUUUCAUGGAUUUUUUCUGGAUUUUUUCCGGAUUUUUUGACGAAGUGUACGGGAUUUUUGGAGUGAAUUGCCCCUCGGUUUAGAUAGGAAAUACAGGGUUCUAUAGCAUUUCAACCUUGUCUCGCUUACCUUUUCUGCAUUGUCUCCCCCCCCCCCCCCACAUCUUUUUCUGAUCUCUUCAUUCCAUAAUAUUUCUGACCAGCUCUUCUACAUCUCUUCUUGUUAGGUGUCCACAGCAUCUCAGCCUGUCUCCUUCAUCUUUUCAACGUUGUCUACCACCCCACAUCUUUUUCUGAUCUCUUCAUUCCAUAAUAUUUCUGACCAGCUCCCCUACAUCUCUUCUUAUUACGUGUCUAGAGCAUCUCAGUCUGUCUCUUUCACCUUUUCUGCAGUGUCCUCCACCCCACAUCUUUUUCUGAUCUCUUCAUUUCAUAAUAUUUUCUCCUACAUCUCUUAUUAAGUGUCCACAGCAUCUCAGCCUUGCUUCAAUUACCUUCUCUGCAAUGUCUACCAUCCCACAUCUUCUUCUGAUCACUUCAUUUCUUAUCUGCUAGGUAUGUGGAAGCAACCUAGAAAAUACAGGAUUCUAUAGCAUGGGAACUCAAGCCGUGUGUCCGAAACAUGCAUAAGGUUGGAGUCCCUGAAAUGGAUUGAAGAUUAUCUUGAAACCUAAAAUGUCAUCUUGGCAAACGAUAAGUACAUUAUGUAAAUUUGUCAUAACAGAUAAACUUUAUAAGGAAAGUUUAUAAAACCGGUGGAUAAGGAAAGUUUAUAAAACGAGGGUGUGAGACUGGGACAGUUGUGCGUAGGCAAAUUUAUAUUGGACUAUACAGCCCUAUGGGUAAAAAAUCUAUUUUAUAUUACAAUACGUGUCAAAGGCUUACACGAAACAGCUUCUCGAUUAAGGCUUGGCCAUAUCCUUUUUCCUUUUAAAGGAUGGUUGUAAAAUGGCUAUUGUGGACUUCGCUGUUCGGCAUAACGAACAGUUUUGUUACUCUUUCCUUUGACAGUUAGUCAGACUAACCUUGCAGGCUAACCUUGUGAAAUGGCCGUUUUACAGCGUGUCCCAAAAAUGUCUUCCGUUAUGUUUUGUAGUAUAACUACGUUAGCUUUAAUUUAUAGAUGUUUCUGGGUUUUUUUGUACUAAUAUUGUGUCAAUCACUGAUCUGAAUACUAUGCAGUGAAGCCAAUGGCAACCAUAUUGCUGUGAACACCACAAAGCUCAAGAUGGCUUCCACAAGUCCCAUUAUCUAGUGUUUAAAACGUUCUAAAACCCAUUAGAAGAGAUGGGGGAAGCUAUAUCUUUCACGUUGCAUAGGGAAAUACAUUUGCUUGAUAAUGUAGCUAAUUUAAAAUCGUCGCGAUCCGAUUUGCAGAGAUUUUGACAGACUUCCUAGAUUUCAGGUCAGUGGUGAUUGGGCUUCUAAAAUCACUCAAGGUAGCGACAGCAAUUUUCAACUAACUUGUCCAAAUUAUGGAAAUUGUAUUAAAAAUUAAUAUUUCAACCCCCUGCCUGGGAGGGGAUAAUACCCUGAACUUGUUGUUUUUCGUAGUUUUUCUUCCAAAACAGCUAAUCGAGGGCACUAAUUAAAGCUAAUGAAGUUAUACCAUAAAUAUAACUGCAGAUUCCGCAUUAUAUGUACAUAUAACUGAGAAGAUUUUGUUUCUGGGUCAGUUUAAUAUAAAGGUGUCUUAAUAAAUCGUUAUAGAGUGAAUAAAUUUAUAUCAAAAUUUGAAAAA